UGACUGCGAAUUAAAUAUGGCAAAUUAUCCGCAAGGUUAGAGACUUUUAAAAUGAAUAUUUGAGAAAAUAAAGUUUGUUUUAAUCGUUUAUCAUCACCCGAGGUCAUCAAGAACACAAAUACAUUGAUAACAAUAGCACACUGACGCACAAAGAACUCAUUAUUCUCUCGCAAUCACCUGUGUCUAAUAUAUUGCCCGUCAAUCAUUUUUAAGUACAGCGGAAAGAAAUUUGAAAUAUGCCAUUGAAUUUUCAUCAAAAUAUCACUCGCCGCGGAAGGCGGUUGAAUGCGUGUGCUAUCUCAUGCAAAUUUCUGAGAGUUAAAGUCGAAAAACAUCUGCUCAACAUAGUGGCCCAAGCGAAACAUUCAAACUGCACGCUGACGGGAAUUUAAAACUCCAGCGCUCCCGGCAUGGGCAGUUGACGUUCGUGGUAUUAGUAAAGGCCGAAAAAAACUUACUUUGACUUCCAAUAUGUCUGAGAAAGGGACACUUCUGCAAUCCAACGAAGAAGGACAAAACUAUGGAGAUUUAUUCAAUCCCGAAGAAGAAGCCAUGGCGCCCGAACCGUUGGAAAGCGAACAGCCCAACGCGAAGCCAGCAUUUUUCGAUAGGAUUCGUUCGACAGUUACUAUCGACCGAAACCUUCUUGUAUACAAGGUAUUCUAUUUCUUUUAUUUCGCCGCUCUUGGAAGCCUCAUACCGUACCUAUCGCUGUAUUUUAAACAUUCUCUGCUACUGCCAGCUCAUUUUGUUGGCAUUAUACUGGCUGUGAAACCACUGUGCCUGUUUGUCAGCGCGCCUAUUCUGGGAACCAUCGCAGACAAAUUCAACAAGGUCAGAUCGGUUCUGUUGGUUGCACUCUUCAGUUACAUUGUCAUGAAUCUUCUAGUGGCUGUUGUCCCUCCUGUGACCGUGGAUUGUCUGAGCGAAGUACACAACAAACUAAACAUGACAGACGAAAAUACAACUUCCUUUCAUCGUCAUGUCAGUUACAGCGGAAAACCCAGAAACGAACAAAAUGGUUCGACAACUGGCAAUACUGAGAUGUGGCAAGAAGCCUGGCUUUUUGACCUUUACACCGAAAUGGAUCCGAAGAUCUACAAGAAUGCUAAAUUGGUGUUUGUCGUUGUUUUGGUGAUCACUAUAGUCGGUGAACUGAUUGGCGCUACGUCCAACACGCUAGCCGAUGUGGCCACGUUUCAAAACCUGGAAAAUCGUCCACAGUUUUACGGAGAACAGCGUUUGUGGGGUGAAGUGGGUUGGGGGCUGACGGCUUUCAUCACCGGCUCUAUAGUUCAGCAUCAAUACCGCAAACAAAUAGACAUAUGCCCUGAAGACGUAUUUGACAUUUACCGUCCUUUCUUCUACGUGAAUGCCAUUCUGAUGGCGGUUGCUCUUUUUGUCUCAACCCGUUUUAAUUUUCAAGACGCAGACAAGUAUGUCAAUGAAAAAUGUGCUCUGCUUAAAGGUCUGCAGAUAUUUACCAAGCUGGAAUACUCUAUCUUUGGUACCAUGGCUCUUUUCCUUGGAGUCGCAUUGGGAUCAGCGGAAAGUUUUCUGUUUGUUCACUUGGUGGAGCUUGGCGCUACACCGUCGCUGUUCAGCGCAUUGGUGGCAGUACAUUGUAUAUCGAACAUUGCACUAUACUAUGGUUCCAUCUACUUCCUCGAAAGCUUCGGCCACAUAAAGAUGCUCACAAUCGGUCUGUUGAUUUACGCGUUGAGGUUUUACUAUUUCUCCGCGAUACAGAAUCCCUGGCUCGUGCUACCGAUCGAGUUUCUCCGUGGCCUGUGCUCGGCAUCUGUGUGGUGCGCGCUGGCGUCCUAUGUCGGCACCCCUCCCCGUGUUGGCGCCACCCUACAAGGUAUCUUACACGGACUCUACUAUGGUCUAGGUAGGGGUCUUGGGCAGCUGAUAGGAGGCAUCUUGAUCCACAGCUACGGUACCGAGUCGUAUUUUCGCUACUUUGCCCUGAUUGAUUUUCUGGUGAUGAUUGUUGUAGCGCUGCUGAUUCCAUUUCUGAGUUCACGCGCCACAAUAUGGAUGACUCUCUCUGGUUAUUCAUCGCUAGGAAACAAAGAAGCUGAAUGCUGCGCGGGAAUCUACAAAGUACUUUGUCUACAGGGAAAGAAAUCUAAAGAACAGGAAUGAAAAAAAUAGCACUCGAAUAUUAUUAUUAUUUGUUCCCAGAUAAACUGAAAAACAAUCAUUCUUUUCGUAAGUACCAGGAGAAAGAAGCUUUCUUCUUCACGUCAAUUUAGCUAUAAGCAUUAGUGCGAAAAUUGAAAAAUAUUUUAUUUAAAGAAAUGAUAUGUUUAAAAAUGGUUUGAUUUAUUUUCUUAAAAGUUUCUAUUUCCUUAAAAUUUUAAAUUACAUUCUGGAUUGCCGACCAAAAGGCAAGUAAAAUCAAUAAUUCUUGUUUUCUAAUCAAUUUCAUUUGCCCUAGGUGCUAACUUGCAGCAAAGUCCGUAUUUGAUUGAAGUUCCCGUGUGAAUUAUCUGUAAAUAACGUGGGAAAAUUACGUUUGAGUUUCGUUCUGUGGGGUUAUUACAAGACAUAUUAAAGGAUAAUAUAAGUAAGCCGCCUCACUAAAUUCUCAAAAACAGAUCUUUCAGUUUUCGCUUGUCGUGUAAGAUAGUAAAAUCCUCCAUGUAACACAAUGAUUGGCAGCAUGCUAGAUAAACACAGUUUUUGGCCUCUUCUUGGCCUUCAGUGCAGUCGUAUUUUAGCUAUCACGAUUCUCGCCGCGGAAAAUUAUUUUGAGGAAACGCCAGUUAAUUCAAGGUAAGGACUUGAAUAUUCUAGGAUAUUGAUCAAGAAGAAAUGAAAUGGCUUAUACAUCCAGUAGAAGUGUUCAGUAUUGCUGUACUGACUCUGUCCUCUUGGUAAGAAGAGAUGCUCAGUUCAAAGAGUAGACAACCUGGAAAGCGGUAGAAUAGGCGAUGUUAAAGACAAAAGGGGUUUUAUUCUGGGAAUAAACAAAACAUUUCUGAA